AUGCCACCCAAGCGCAAAGCCGGUGUCCCGCCGAAUGCCGCAUCCGCGAACAAUUACACCGACUCGGCUGGCGACCGCGCAAACAAGCGCUCACGCGUAUCCAAGCCCAUCACCAACAACUUCAAGAAAGAAGUUCCGCCUGAGCCACUCACCGCGAAGAACGAUGAGAAUGGCGGUCCUGCAGAGGUGGUUGCAGCCGAGGUCAAGAACGCCGAAUCCGAACCAGCCUUCGAUCACUCGCGCCCCGAAGAGCGCAGCGGGAUUGUCGACCGACGAUACUAUCCUGCUGAGAUGAGCAACGAGCGAUGCGCGCAGUACAAUGCAAAUGAGAUCACUAGGCCGGUUGAGCUACUUGCAAAGGCUGUCGAGCACACCAUUGCUGCCCGCAAGACGAUUCGAGAAAAAAAGCAGAGCGACGUGGUGGUGCACUGGUUCAAGCGCGAUCUGCGCAUUCGCGACAACACCGGCUUAAGCAAAGCAAGUGCAUUGGCAAAAGAAAUGGACAAAGGAGUCAUAGGCGUGUGGAUCAUGAGCCCGCAGGAUUGGGAGGCACAUCUCGUAUCGCCUGCGAAGUGCGAUUUCGAGUUACGCUCUGUGGAGUCGCUGAGGAAAGAGCUAGCGGAGCUUGACAUACCGUUGCACAUUGAGGUGGUUGACAAGAGGAGGGACCUACCCAAACGUCUUAUCGAAUUGGUAAAGAGCUGGGGCGCGAAGGAUGUGUUCUGCAACAUCGAGUACGAGCCUGAUGAACUGAGAAGGGAAGGGAAGCUCGUUGAGCUGAUGUUGAAAGAGGGCAUCAACUUUGAACCGCAGCAUGACGACUGUGUGGUACCUCCUGGGUCGUUGAAGACAGGCGGCGGGAAGCAGUACGCAGUGUACACUCCAUGGUUUCGUAAUUGGGUUGGUCAUCUGCACUCGCAUCCACACAUCCUCGAUGAGCGGCCGAUGCCAAGCAAGAACCCCCUAGGUUUUCGGACGAAGCACCAGGAGCUCUUUGAAGCGAAGGUGCCCGAGGCGCCAGUGAACAAGAGGCUAUCGGACGAAGACAAGGAUCGUUUGCAUCAUCUUUACCCUGCCGGCGAGUCUGCAGCUCUGGAGCGACUGGAGCGGUUCUUGAAGGAGAAGGUUGGGAAGUACAAAGACACCCGCAACUUCCCCAGCAUGAACAGCACGGCAAGGCUCAGCGUACAUCAUGCAGCUGGUACCCUUGCAGCAAGGACGAGCGUGCGAUUAGCCCGUGACGUGAAUUCGACGAAAAAGCUUGAUGGUGGCAGCCAGGGUAUUCAGACCUGGAUCAGUGAGGUAGCUUGGCGUGACUUUUACCGACAUGUUCUGUGUCACUGGCCUUACGUCUGCAUGCACAAACCUUUUAAGUUCGAAUACACCAACGUCGCAUGGGAGUACAGCGACCCAGACCUCGAAGCCUGGAAAGCCGGCCGAACGGGUUAUCCCAUUGUGGACGCAGCAAUGCGCUGCAUGAAAGCGACUGCCUACAUGCACAACCGUCUUCGCAUGGUCACCGCCUCUUUCCUCGCCAAACACUUGCUGCUCGACUGGCGUCUAGGCGAGCAGUACUUUAUGCUGAAUUUCAUUGAUGGCGACUUUUCUGCCAACAACGGUGGAUGGGGCUUCGCAAGUUCAACGGGCGUAGACCCACAGCCUUACUUCCGCGUGUUCAACCCCUGGCUGCAGAGCGAGAAAUUCGAUGCAGAGGGUGAGUUCAUUAAGCUGUGGGUCCCUGAACUGAAAGAUAUCGAAGGAAAAGAGAUCCACAAUCCGUAUGCGAAAAGUGGGACUAAGGCCAGUGCCCUUGCCAAGAAGAAUGGAUAUCCAAAACCGAUUGUGGAGCAUAAGUUUGCAAGAGAGCGAUGCUUGGCAAGAUACAAGGCUGGCAUUGGGAGGGACACGGCGUGA